CAACGUCCAAAUUGGACAGGGCCUCUCUACUCCCUACAACCAGAAAUUGGCUGAGCAGUUCCCACCGAACACAGCCGAAGGCAGUCCAACCAGCAAACUGACCGCCCGUUCAAUAGACAAGGCUACGCGCAAUUCUGGAAACGUUGCUGAGAAUCGAUUUUAA